AUCAUUCUUAUACGGAAACGCCUCACACACAAUUUAAAAAAAAUAACAUUUUGUCAUAUCGUACGGCACAGAACUUCCUCGACACGAUGUUUGCGGUGUUUAAAAAAAAAACGCAACAUGUUGAUUUUCUAAAACAAAGGCAGUUGGUUUCCCGGAUGUUGUUGAAAGCUAAGGCCUGACUCUUCUGCUACACACGUGUAAAACAUCUCAGCGCUUUUAGGAAACUGAAGUGUGUGUAGAUGAGCAGAAGUCAUGUUCGGCUCAUCGAGAUCUGGAGGGGUGAGAGGGGGUCAGGAUCAGUUCAACUGGGACGAUGUGAAAGUGGAUAAACACAGAGAGAACUAUUUAGGGAAUUCUCUCAUGGCACCGGUCGGCCGGUGGCAGAAAGGGAAAGAUUUGACAUGGUAUGCCAAAGAUAAGAAGGGUGGCGCAGCUCUGUCUAAAGAGCAGGAGAUGGCAGCCAUACGGGAGGCAGAGCACGAGGCCAUGUUAGCAGCACUGGGUCAUAAAACGAUCAAGAAGCAACCAACUGGUCUCACCAAAGAGGAUCUUGCAGAUGUGUGCAGGAGGGAAGGAGAGGUGGAUGAACGGGACGUGGACAGGGUCUCUGGGCUUGGAAGCUCCAGAGCUGGACCGAGAGGAAUGGUGCUCUCCAAACAAGAAAAAGAAGCAGUAAAAAUGGGUUUGCCAGUUUUUACGCAUCACAAAUCUGAUAGACCGCAAGAUGCCAGUAAGAAGUCUGAGGAGGCCGACAGAGCUGAUAAAGAAGAUAAAAGAUCUGACAAAAAGAAGAAGAGUAAAAAGGAGAAGAAAAGUAAGAAAGAGAAAAAGAAGAAAAAAGAAAAAACAAAACACAGAAGCAGAAGUGACUCUUCAGAUUCAGACUCUGAAAGCUACAGUAAAAGGCGGAGAAAAGAUCCCCGGGACCACCAUGGUCCUAAUCCAUCAAGGAGCAGUCAGAGUGGAGCCGGAGCCCGUGACAGCCAUUCAGGAGGGGGGCCAAAGGCCGACCGCAGGACUCUGACCCCCCCUCACCAACACCGCCGCCGACGGCACGACACGGACUCGUCCUCUGACGGCCACCGCGCUGGUCGAGGCUCCCCGUCAAAAAGCUACCGGCGGCGCCACGAUAGCAGCUCAGACGACUGAUGCCCCGCUAUUGCCCCUUUAUCCACACCUCCUCACCCUGAGAAUGGAUCCCAUCAGCCCCUUUGUCAGACUCUGGACAACUAAGGUCGCAAGACGCGGAAGAUGUACGUGAAGCAGACUAAUAUGAAUUUCCGGGUCCAUUUACACUUAUCCUGUAAAUGCAGAACAAAACUUCCCCGUCAGACUAAUUAGGUUGGUGCAUCAAGCACCCUGAAAACAAAGACUGCAUUUCCUUUAGUAACGCUUUAAUGUUAAAUCUCAGGAAAUCUGUCCAAAACUGGGUCACAUUUCAUCAGAUUUUCUACAUUUUGUACAUAAUUUCCCCCCCAAAAUACACAAAUAAAAAAAUGAUUAAGACAUAAUUUGUUGUACUAAAUUUGUGCAAAUUCUGAGUUAUCUAUUUUUUUUAAAUUGUAUCAAUCAGAAAAAAAAUUUAUCAAAAUUUGGAAUGACAAAAAACUCAAAGUAAUGUAUUACAAUUAAAGUUUUGGGGUAAAAUUGGGAGAAAAUGGUCAGGGAAUUAAUAUCACAAUGCAAAAAAUGUUAAUAGUCCUAAAUAUAGGCUUUGAAACCUAAUUUCUUUUUUUGAUUUUCGAGGUGAAAUGUAGCAUGUUUUGGUCUUUAAUGCACAAAGAAAAACACAGCAGACAUGGUAACUUUUUACUCUUGUGUAUGUCUAUUGAAAUAAACCGUGUUUUUACA